AUGGCAACUUCGGACACGCUCGAUUUUGUCUCCUCCGUGGGCGUAGGAAGGAUGUCCACGGUAGCUCAAAGUCGCAUUGAUUCGAGGACCUUCUCUGCCGUCCGCACAAACAGCAGUGCCGAGUCUCUGAGACAGUUUGAGGAAGCGUUUGCUCGCACCGAUCUGCGGGGCCUAGUCAGGCGAAUUGACUUUGAUGUGAUCCUUCCGCCCGUCAGCGAGAAACGCCUCGAGAACAAGUUUCAAAGCAGCCUGGAGGCUAAAGCCAAUUCCACGGCCUUUUCGCGCGCCGUACUGGACCUCUUUGCUCGUUUAUCCUCGUGGGACGCGAAGGGCAUUGCCUUGAGGGUGACCGCCACAUCGCCUUCUGAUGACGAGACAAUGCGCGCCACAGGUCGCAGCAUUUCUGUAAGACCACGCCGAAACGACUUUCGAUACAUUGGCGCCGAUCUUGCCGCGAUCCCAGAAACAGGUCUCCCCAAGGUCUACAGCGUGUCGUCCCUUGACAUGGAGAAGCUAGACUGUAAUUCCGGUAACCCUUCUGGCAGGAGGUUACAUCCGGACCUCCUCCAAGUCAUGAUGCUCUCUUUGCCUAUGCUGGAGAGCGCCAAAUGGGAGUUCUUUAUGCCACCGCGUUCGAGAGGCCAGCGGCGACAGGAAUUCCGUACGGCUCUGGCCGCUGCGCUCGAUCGUUCCUCAUUCUCCAGUCUGCAGAGUCUUUGCAUUACUCUCCAUGACGUCGACCCACGCAAUGAGAAUGCCGAGUUGGAGAGCUUUGUCGGCGAUACGGGAGUCGAUGACUUGAGCGCCGCCGUCCAGGGGAUAUGCAACAGCCCAACCCUGACGACGUUACGGCUGUGUGGCAAAUGGAGCUUGUCGAGCACAGCAUUUGAAAGAGGAUUCGGCCCAUCGGUCUCAUCUGUCUAUAUCGAUUUCUCUUCCAUCUCUCCCUCCGGUAACUGGUUAUUUGACAGUAUUCCUCACCUCGCCGAUGAGGACGAAACUUGCGACGAUUACAACGACAACGACAGUGAUGAUGAUGAAGCGUCGACUGGGGGCGACCUCUACGACUUCAACUCUGCAGACUCGGACGAGAUGGAUAAUCUCGACUCAGAAGCUGAAGAUAGGGCCAAUUCCUUCCUGCCGGCGCAGGAGACUCGCGGGAGACCAAAUGCCGACAAUUUCCUGCCUCUCUUUGUCUCCGUGACCACAGCGGCCGCGAAAUCAUUCAAUUCCCUCGCGCACCUAGAGGCUCACCUGAUGGGAGGGGUGUCUCAGGUGCACCUCGGCUACUUUGGCUGCAGAGGUGGUCAAGGAAGGGAAACAGCUGAGUUCUCAGUCGACUGGCCUCACCCGUGGAUACGAAAACGCCACCCUGGAGAGGAGCUGGACAAGCCAACUUGGUAUCUGGCUACAUGGGGCGCAGUUGAUCCUGACGACUGGAAGAUUCCACGGGCCCUGAGAGCGGCCAUGGAGAGUUGCCCAACAGAGGUUUCUAUCAUGACGCAUUCAAACAUCAAAGCGUUGGAGUUUGAAUAA